AUCUCCCGAAGGGGGCGGCAAACAGUCUAGAGCCAGCAACCCUCUACGACACUCCCACCGCUUCGCUUAGAAUCGACUGGCUCAAGAAUGCCUGAACACGUUUGGACGCAUCGACGGCUGCUAUUAUCAAUCAUCACUGUCCCUGAUUGGUCCAUAUCGUCAUCAGAUAGUGGGAUGUGUUGAUGAACAGUUAAUCCAGUCAAAUAUCUAUCAAAUGAGAGUGAGGUGAUGAAGUGAUAGGGAGCAAUGGUGGAACGGGAGGCCCGGUGCCUGGCUUUGGAGCAAGCCUAUGUCCAUGAGGUCUACCAUCAGAUGGGAGGGGGGGACCAAAGGCAGCAUCCUCCAUGGCCCCGAGUCACUCAGUUCCUCAACAAAUUGGAGCCAGGAUCCUUAGUUUGUGAUGUGGGAUGUGGAAAUGGAAAGUACUUAAGCAUUAAUCCAUCAGUAUUUAAAAUUGGAGGAGAUAGAUGUAGCAGGUUGGCUGAACAUGCCCGAGAGGAUCAAAAUGAAGUUUUGGUCUGUGAUAAUCUUGCUUUACCCUUCCGGGAUGAAAGUUUCGAUGCUGUGCUUUCAAUAGCCGUUGUCCACCAUUUUGCAACGACUGAAAGGCGAAUUGGUGCUAUAAAAGAACUUGCACGAGUUCUAAGAAUAGGAGGAAGACUAGUAAUAACAGUGUGGGCAAUGGAACAAAGGCACAGGAAGUUUGAAUCUCAAGAUGUAUUGGUCCCAUGGCAUCGUCCAAAGACACUCAGUACUCCCUCUCUGGAGUUAACUCCAACUACAACUACUAGUGAAGAGGAUUCUCACCAUCACUUGUAUACUGCAUGUACGCACACUUCAGAUAGUGAUUCAUGCCGUUCAGCUCGGGGUGCUGGAGCGAAGCGGAGCAAAUGUAAGCACAAAGAGGUUGCUCCUUCACCAAGUAGUUCAUCAUUAUCAAGUCCAAAUGAAAGCUGCUAUAGUUUUGUCCGCAGAGCACUAAAGGAAGCAGGAGCAAAACAUGGAGGCUCAUACUCCACAGGGCCUGAGACAUCACACUCGUCUGCGCCCCCUUUUUUGCUGGGCCUAUUAUUAAAAUUUGCGAUAUCAUUAUCACAGAAACUUGCUGGGGUUAAACGGGAUGGAGAUCGCAGCAAACCCUGGUUUCUUGAAUCAUGGACUUCUUGUACCUCAAAGGAACCUCCCCCUCGCAGAUAUGAUCCUGAUGGUUGUGAGGAUAUACAAGAUUUGCCGAUUGAGCUACGAAGACUUGAAGAUGAUCAAGAAACAAUAGUUAUUAAGAAACAGAUUUUCUCUUGUUCUAAACAAGUUACAGAACCGCCCUUAAAUCAUAAAUCUAAAAGCUUAACUGAUAUAAUUACAACAGAUCAAAGAUCAUUAGUCCGUUCACAUUCGAGUGUUCCCAGCCUAGAAAUUCAUGAAACUAAAAAUAAUGAUAAUAACAUAUCAACUAAUAAUAAACCAAAACUAGUUAAACAAAAAAAGUCUGUUUGUGAUGACGAUGUUGAAAGUGAAGAAAGGGAUAAAGCCAUGGAUAUGAAAGAUUUGGUAAAAUCAUUACCGGAAUUUAAAAUUUCUGGGUUUGGAAUCAAUCGAAGGGGUAAUGUUUUCAAACAGAGCUCUAUGAAUGAAGAAUUGAUGUCAGCAGAACGUCUUAAGGAAAAAGAAAAAGUUCGUCAAAAUAUACAAAAGCAAGCUUCCUUGAAUGAAGAACUAAUAUAUAAUAGAAACAACAAAACUUUUGAUUCCCUUAAAGAUACACUAUUUUCAACAUCAACAGCUAAAAGAUUUCAAUUAUUAAAAAAUGGACUUACUAAUAAAAUUAAAAGUUCUACAACGGGUAUAGAGAAAGUUGCUGGUGCAUCAAUUAAGAAUGGCUUCGUUCGUAUAUUACAAGGAUGGACAAGUGGUGAUUCAGGUCUUCCAACCCAACAGCCUACUCCUCCCCCACAACAAAAUGAGUUCAAAGCAUUUGUAUUAGAAAAGAAAGAGCAACCGAGUGAAAGAAGACAUUCCAGAGAAGAUGGCUCUGACUCUUCGAAAGAUAGCAGUUUGCAAAGUGACACUAGUGUCGAUUCAGAAGAUAGUUUCGCUUCUGUAAUUUUUGUUCCAAAAUCUGAUCCCAUGGAGCAACAAUCUACCAACACUUCUCCAACAAUGCAAUCCACGCCAGCAUCUCCUCAACCGACUUCUCCAAAAAUUAAAUUUCCACCUCCUGUAUCUCCUAAAAUGAAAAAUCCAUCACAAAUGCCCUUCGGACUUCCCUCCCAUCCUUCGUCACCAAAAAUUAAACACCCUGCACAGUUAAUGAGUUCCACAACGACACCAACAUCUCCAAAAAUUAAGUACUUCCCACAGCCGACGUCACCGAGGACUUAUCCGACGACGUUUUUGACAUCGCCUACGACUCGUAAUACUUUUAAAUUCCAAAUGCCACCUAAUAAUAAUGGAGGAGUAAAUUCCAGUCAAAUGAAUAAACCACCGACACCAAAAACCUUUGGAAGUUUUAAUAUACCUCAAGUUGGACCCCCUUCCCCGACUGAACCAUCACACAAGAAUGAAACAAGCCCAUCUGUUUCUUCAAAACCCCUAUUCGUACCUUCUCCUUCAUUGAAUAAAAUGGAAUUUUCUAGCUUUUUGUUGGAAAAGGAAACAAGUGACCAAGGAAAAUUAGGAAUGCCGGCAUUGUCUCCAGGAUUAUCACCCACCGCAGUUAAAAAGCCAUUAGCUGCAGUCAAAGUCGGCCCUCUAACUUCAUCAGAAGUAGUACUUAAAACCAAAGAAGAGUCUACAGUCAAAAAAGAGGCCUCAGCACAUCCUAACCCAUGCUCAGUAGGUGUAAGUAGUGUCACAUUAAGAUCGCAGUACCCACUUGUAAGAAGAUCAGCGACAAUGCAUGGAAGGACAGAUACACCACUGCAGAGGCCAGUGCCAAGGCUGCUUUCCCUUGAAAUAUUUAAUCCAGAAACAGAUGACAUGGACAGCGAUUCUUCUGGCUUAUCCUCCCCUGAUUCUGUAGGAAGUGUUAUAUCAAUAAAAUAUGAUGAUGAAGCCCCAGCAGAAAAUAUUGAAUCGUCCAAACAAAAUACAAAUGGCGACAAAAGUGCUGAUGAUGAAGAAGAAUCAACUCCAGUCAAUGUUCCUAUUGAUGACACUACUGAAUUAAACCUAGAGUUGGAAGAGCCGACGGAAAGCUCAGCAAGACUGUCGCCUUUACUGGAAGCCGCUGCUGAUGUUGCAAAUACGUUGGAAGAAACUGUGGAUGUUGUUAUCCAAUCAAGUCCUCAAGCGAAAAGAAAGCAAUAUCCGUUAAAAAGUGAUGUACGCCUUGCUCUUCAAGAUAAUUUAUUUGAAAACAAAAAUUUAGGAUCACAAACUAGUUUGUUUCAUGAGAAAGCAAAAGAUGAGUUAGAAAAACUUUUGUCUGUUAACUACCCUGGUAUGAAAUCUGCUGCCACAAAUAUUUCACUUGUUGAUAAUAAAAAUACAAACCCAUGUGCCGAUUCUGAAGAAUACCUUUAUAAGAGGUGGGAUGAAGAAUGUAGACAACAUUUAGCCGAAUUUGCCGAAAAAUUAAGUGAAAAACUUCUUGCUGAAAUUGAUCGAUAUAGAGAACAGAGCUCUAUUCAGCCAGCAUCGCCUGUUUAUGUAGGGGAUUCUACGAUUACCACUGACCUUCAAGAUCCAUAUUUAUGUAAACUAAGUGAAGAUUUGCAAGAUCUGACCAAGCUCAGUUAUGAGCUGCAAGAAAAAAGUGAGCACGAUUUGCAAAUGUAUAUUGAGGAAAAACAACACAUUGAAAAAUUUGAAUCGACCUUUGAACUUAAAGGUAGAACAAAAGGAGAAGGAGCAUCGAUGGACGAAAAAUGUUUGGAAGAGGAUAGCUGCGAUGAAGAGCAUUUGAAAUCUGUAAAUCCUAUUGACUUGCUGCUGGACAAACAACUCCUUCCUCUUUCCAGCAAACAAAGAAGUACUGCAGAAACAAAUCAAGAAUACUUGCCAGAAGAGCAAAUACCUCUCCUGCAAGAAUACAAUGAUGAAAGCCAGAAUGUUAUAGUUAUAGUUCCUAGUGUAGUGGAACCUUUGAACCCAGUUUCAACGGAUGAAAACCUGAAAAAUUCAUUUUUGACAAAGGUCAAUGAGCCAGUUAUUGAUAAUUUAGAAAUAAAAAAAGAAGAAUCCAUUUCAUCUUUACAAAGCGAUUCAGGGAAUACAGAUAAUUCGGCAGAACUGAGUGAUCCCGAUAGUACUGAAAGUGAAGGAACUUGGACCGAUUCUAGAAGAAACACGAUACUCCCAGGUAAGGGUUUAUUUACCCAAACAUCAUUACCUCAAAAUGAGUCGCCUAUACCUAUGCCUUUACAAAUGGCAGUCAAAGAUGAAACAAUUAAAUUUGAGCUACUGCCUGCCAAAGAUAUGCCUAGAAGGCCUAGUAUAUCAAUUGAGAUGAGUGAACCUCAAGAAAUUCCUCCCAAAGAAAAAGAAAAUGAUAACCAACUCCAUUUAGGUAUAUCACUUGAAUCAAGUGAGGCUGGAGAUAUAUCAGAAAGAACAGGAAGUAGCAGUGAAGGAGGAAGUAGGCCAAGUUCACGCCGAGAGACUAUUCAAAUCUGUGAUUCAGGUAGUGUACUUUCUUUGAGACCAGGUCUCUCUAUAGAGUCGAGUGAAGCUGGAGAUUAUUCAGACAGAGCCGGUAGUGAUGGAAGCCGUGAUUCGAGGAGGGAUGCAGUGUCUUUUGGAGAUAUUACUAGCAGCAGUCAAAACUCUUUACUAAGGCCAGGGAAUUCUAUUGAGUCGAGUGAAGCUGGAGACGUUUCCGAUCGGACAGGAAGUGACUUUAGUCGCCAAAACACUAGUUCAGCCGGUAAAACCCCGAGUACAGCUUCUUUCGCAUCAGAUAAAGCGAGUGACUGCAGUAAAGAUGCAAGGUUUGCUGACCGAAGGAUGGCACGAUGCGAUGGAAGGUCUUCAUCUGAAGAAAUGCCCAUCCCACGAACUUGUAUGAACAAACUUGUGCGACAAAGGGCCUCGACUCAAGAACCGUCAGAGCUUCUAGCGAAAGCGCAAAGCUGUGAAACAUCACUGAGUGGAUCUACAUCACAAGAUUCCUUACUAUCAGACAGCGGAGGGGGCGCUAUUACAUUUCAUAGAUAUUAUCAUGUAUUUAGAGAAGGAGAAUUAGAUCAAUUAAUAGAACGUUAUGUUGAAAAUUUACACAUUAUAUCAUCAUAUUACGAUCACGCCAAUUGGUGUGUGGUUGCUGAAAAAGUUCAAGUUUGGACAAUCUAAACUAAUAUCUCUCAAUUGAUAACAACUAAUUACACAGGUUUCUUCUUUAUGUACAAUGUGUAUGAAUUGCAAUUUGACUAUUUUUCAUGUUACAAUGUUUUGUUGAUUGAGUGACUUCCAUGAACAGUUUAUAUUGUCAUCUGUAGGUCAUCUAUUUUUAUGUCUUGGUUUUAUAACCUUGUAAUUUUUGAUCAGUACAGAUUAGUUGGUGAGAAAUUUGAACUAAAGUAUUGUGAUCAUAACCUCUUCAUGAUAAGAGAGGUAUUCAGUUCGAAAUUCAAUAAUUUAUAAUAUUGCAGGAAGCGUUUGUCGGAUUUUAUCGGCAUAUUACAUAAAACAUGCUCACAUGAAUAAUAAUAUAUAUAUUGUUUCAAAACAAUGUAAAUUCUUUUGUUCAUUGCCAAAAAAUAGGAAAACGAACAUCCUUGAAAUGUAAGUAAUGUCAAAUAUUUGCACAUUGGCUGACAAAUGAAAUUACUCCAUUCUCAGAAGAGAAUUUAAAUAAUUAUAUCACAAAAAUUUUGAACUGAAACAAUCUGUCAAUCUGUAUAAUAUUGUAAUAUUUUUUAUAUUCUUAGUAGCAUUUUGAUUUUAUUGAUUGAUUUUGAUGAAAAUGUGGUUAAAAAAUAACGUCUUAGCACAAUUUACACAAUGUACAGAUAAUUUAUCUUUCAAUACAAAGGUACAAAAUGAUACAAAGGUAUCUUUAUUUAGUUUUUCCUUUGUAUUAAUUAGACAACUGUAUGAAUUUUGUAUUAAUUUCAAUUGGAACACUAUUUUACUCUAGUACCAUCUACCACUGGCUUUCAACUACUUACACAAAUUUGUUAUUAAUAUGAUACAGCUUAAUUUGAAAAAUACUAAAUAUCGUUAAGUGAAACUAAUAUUUAUUUUGAUUGUGCAUGCAACCUGGUUGUUAUUUUACAGCUUGGCUUUGAAAAGUUUAUAUUUUUGUAUUUUCAAAAAAGGUUUAAUGUGCAAAAUGCAAAAUCACUUCUACUUACAUUUACUAUUAUAACAUUUAUUGCAUGUCAGCCAAUUCGGUUGUUCGUUUUAUGACUUCUUAUAAGAGAUUUAGUCAAAAGACUGUAGAAGAAUUUAAAUAUAUUUUAUGUUAAUCACUGAUGUCAAGAGUUUAUUAAAAAUUUAAAAAAAAAUUUCACGUUGUUACCAUUAUUAGUUUAGAAUUUAUGAGAUUAAUAAAAUUAAAAACGAAUUUUAGAAAUUGAGUACGUUUGAAGAGAAAUUGUUAUAUUGCAUCAAUGGCUGGUCAACUAACAGCUCUUGCUUAAUACUGUUGAACUGAUAUUGUUUUAUAUAUUUUUAAAAACUAUUUUGUACAUAUCUUUCUGUCUAAAAAUGUAGAUUAAUCACUUAAACUUAAAAAAAAAGUAUUGAUGAUUUUGGACCAAUCUAAACUUCAUUUAUCAUUAUAUAAGUGGUCUUUAUUAACUAUUUUGCAUCUCUUAAAUAUAUUGUUGUUGAUGUUUAUUAAAACAUUUCAGUCCAUUUUUCAACAUGUGGCUUUAAUAAAGGAUCGUGAAAAAAGAAUUUGUGGUAGAACAAAAAACUAUUAAUUAAUUUUUGUCCUGUAUUUGAUGUUUUUCCCUUUGGAUCCUAGAUUAACAAAAAAAAAAAAUAAAUAAAUAAAAAUAAAAAUA